AUGAAUCACCUGCCAGAUAAAACCAACAAAACAGACAAAUUUAAUGAGCUGGUUAAAUUGAUGAAAACGAUAUUUAAAUCGACCAACACCAUCUAUGCAUGGGGUCAUUUACGUGCCGAACUGGAACCAUUUUCACACAGUGGCUUAUUUCAACUUUCCGAUAUUCCAGCAAAGGUAUUCAAUGUUCAACGUCGUUUUCGAGAUUGGUAUAAUGACCGACACCCACACACCGAAGAAUGUCAACGACAAAAAUCGAUCCACAACAACGAUGAUUACGACGAUUGUCUCUGUCCACGUACUCAUCGUCCAUACAAGGCAGCCGAUGACCAGUGGGGUCUUCAAAUGACCAUAGCACGAACAUUUGACCAAUAUUUAGAUAAAUCAAGCACAUUGGCAAAUUGGGCAGUUGGACUUGAUACGGCCUUGGGUGCUUAUAUGUCGCCACAAGAACGUGAACGAUUAAAAACAUACGCAGCGUACGACUGUUUGGCCGUAGAAAAAUUGAUUUAUCCGAUAUUCCAUGACUGGACAUUAGAACAAGUUUGA